UGCAAAACUAGUAGAGCAGAAAAAAAAAAGUUAGCUGAUGAUAUUGAUAGUGAAGAAGACCGAAUUGAAAUAAUUCCUAUUAAUGAAAUUAGUAGUUAUAUUUCUGAUAUAAUUGAUAGUUUAGAAGAUUCUAUACUUUUUUCUACGUUUCAUAUUAAACUUGAUGAAGAUAUACUUACUUCUGUUGGAACGGAUAUUUCAAUUAUGGCUAAGCUGAUCGUUGAUGAAAUUGAAGAAGGUGAUAAUUUUAAAUGGGUUGCCCCAACUGCACUAAACUUCUCAACUCAUUUCCAAGGUGUCGGAACUGUAUAUUUUAUUUGUUCUCAAAGUAAUGAGAUUGAGCGUAAAUACAAAGAUUCUAAUUGUAAAAGAACAGACCAGUUUAGUUGUAAUAGUAAAUUAAAUAUAAAUAUUGAUAUUCCAGCUACAAAUGCUAAAGUAACAUUACAACAUGAAUUAGUACAUGAAAAGCUUAUUGAUGUCACAACACCUCUAGAAAUAAGACAGGAGAUUUUAGAAAAUUUGAAUAUGGAUCCUAAAUUCUAUAAACAUAAUGAAGAUCAUAUUAUUUCUGCAUGUGCUCUUAUUGAAGGACAAAAAAAAAAAGAAUAUGAUCUUUGUUUUCAAUUAGAAACUAGUUAUGUUACGGCAAUUGGUUUUACUACUCCUUUGUUUGGUUCAUUAUAUAAUGUAACUAAGGUGCAUUGUGAUGCCAUAUACAAAACUGCCAAAGGGCAAUUUGAACUUUAUGGACUUGUUAGAAAUGUUGAAGGUGCUGGUUUUCCUCUAGCCUAUCUUAUCCUAGAUAUAUCAAAAGCAGGUGACGGAACUCAAGAAAGGUUGCAUACUGAGGCUCUUCAAGAAUAUCCAUUUUUAAUCUGGGACGGAAGUGAAACUCAAAACAUACCUGAAAAUAUUCCUAGUUUAACAUUGUAUAAUCAGACUCUUGUUGAAAAUACUGAAAGUUCUAAAGAUACAGAGCAAUGUCAAGAAAUGAAAUCUAAAAUAGCUUUAUUAGACUCUUUAGUUAAUCAUUUAAACAUAGAAUUGACUAAUAAUAAUUUGCAACAUGUGGAAGCUGUUGUGAAUAAUUUGGGUUGUGUCUUUACAAUAAUUAAUGAUAUUGAAAUAGCAAAAGCUAGACAGUAG